AUGAGUUGGUAUCGGAAAGAUAACCCAGAUGUUAUACCCGGUAAUCCAGAACGUAUUGGCAAAUGGGACCCAAUUCAAUAUCUUGAUGUAACAAAAUAUUUAAAACCAUUCAAUGAAUAUCCAAAAGAUUUUAACCCAAGAGUUCAUGGCGCUUAUUUACCAUACAUGUACUACGGAAAAGCGGAAACACCAUUUAGUCAAUUAAAAAUAAAAGAAAUUCCAGGAUGGUUUAGUCGACGAAAUAAAACGCCAAUGGAUGCAUAUCAACUGGGUUUAAGAAGUAAACCAUUUCAACUAAGAAAUAUGAAAGUUUUAAUUGUCGGUUCUGGUAUCACUGGCGCUAUUGUCUCGUAUUUACUACGUCAGCAUUAUGCGAAACGUAUUCAAUUAAUUGUUUAUGAUAAAGGAAGAGACAUUGGAGGACGCAUGUCGACAAGUCGAUCAUUAUUUGAUUCUAAUUGUUUUUGUGAUACUGGCGCCCAAUAUUUAACAAUGAGUAAUCAUUCGCCAGCAAAAAAAUAUUUUCAACAAUUGAUUGAUGCGAAAAUUAUAAAAGUAUUAGAUGCAACAAAUGUAAUUGGUAUGCAUCAACGAGAAGAUAAACAAGAUUAUGUUGUUUCAGAUGGUAUAUCAACGAUUGUACGGUAUUAUUUUGAUCAAGCAGAAAUGGAUAAUAUUUUUAAUUCGAAGACAAUCAAUGAAAUAAAUGUAAAUGAAAAUAAUAUUCAAAUACAUGGUGAAUUAGUUGAUGAUGAAUGCGAUGCUCUCUUUUUAACGAUACCUGUAACACAAAUAUUACAGUUGAAGGGAAAGAUCGCUAAAAUUAUAGAAAAUGAUUCACAAUUGAAGAUAAACCUUGAAAAAGUUCAAUAUUCAUCUCGUUUUUCGGUCAGUUUAUUUUAUGAUGAAUCUAUUCAAACUUUGAAUAUUCCAUGGCAUAUUAAAUAUAUCGAUAACGAUGAUUGUUUACGUUAUGUGUCUGUUGAUAAUUUGAAACGAAAAAAAUAUUCACCUCCAUUUAGUUUAAUUGCUCAAACAUCUGUCCAGUUUGGUGCCAAGCAUGCUGAAAAUGACAAAGAAGUCAUUGGAAAACAAGUGUUAAAACACUUAUUCGAUUUAUUUCCUGAAUUACCAAAGCCAACGGAGACAAAAUUUCACAAAUGGCGUUAUUCACAGAUUACACAACCAUACUCGGGCAAACCUGGUUAUCUCAUUUUAAAUGAAAAACCAUUAUUAUUAUUGACCGGUGAUGGAUUUGCAGAGUCAAAUUUUGAAGCAUGUGUUGAAGCAGCAACUAAAGCGGUUGAUCGAUUUUAUCCUUCGCCCGAAGCGAUAGAAAUCGCAAUAAAAGCAACUGAAGAGCAACAUUUUUUACAACGAAAUGAAGAUGAGCACGAAAGUGCUGGAGAAGAUGACGGAGAAGGCACAGAUUGGCAUUGGGAAUAUUUUUAA